UCGCAACAAUAUUCAGCCUCUCCCCUCCUCCCAAUGAAAAGCGAAAAAAAACCCAAAACCCUCGAGAAAUCACCCACCAGAGAGGCAAAAGCACCCCAAAUCCACAGGAACAUUUCCUUGGCCGCUGGGGGAAGGGAAGGGAAAGGAUCCAAUCCUAAUGGCUCUCCUCCCCCAAAUCCUCCACUCCCCCCACCCACGCCUCGCCGCCGCCUCCCCCUCGCGCGCAUUCCGUCGAGCACCUCGCCUACAUGCCCCCGCUUCGGCCCGCACCUCCCGCCGCGGCUGCCGGGGUCGGGGCGGCGGGAGCGCGUCCGGGCCCGGGUCGUCGUUGCCGGAGUCCUACCCGCCGGAGUCCGACGACGGGCUCGUAGAGCUCCCGCUGUUCCCGCUCCCGCUCGUGCUCUUCCCGGACGCGACCCACGCGCUGCACAUCUUCGAGUUCCGCUACCGCAUCAUGAUGCACACGGUGCUGCAGACCGACCUCCGCUUCGGUGUCGUCUUCGCCGGCUCCGGCUCGGGGGGCGCCGCGGAGGUGGGGUGCGUCGGCGAGGUCGUCAAGCACGAGCGACUCGCCGACGACCGCUUCUUCCUCAUCUGCAAGGGCCAGCAGCGGUUCCGCGUCGCCCGCGUCGUGCGCACCGAGCCCUACAUCGUCGCCGCCGUGCAGUGGCUCGAGGACCGCCCGCCUGUCGGGCCCCCGGCCCCCGGGGAGGACGCCGAGGCGCUCGCCGCCGACGUCGAGGCUCUCAUGCGCGACGUCAUACGCAUCGCCAACCGCCUCAACGGCAAGCCCGAGAAGGAGGUGGGCGACCUGCGCAGGGGACUCUUCCCCACGCCCUUCUCCUUCUACGUCGGCAAUACCUUCGAGGGCGCGCCGCGAGAGCAGCAGGCGCUGCUCGAGCUCGAGGACACCGCCGCGCGCCUGCGCAGGGAGCGGGACACGCUGCGCAACACGCUCAACUACCUCACCGCCGCCUCCGCCGUCAAGGACGCCUUCCCCUCCUCGCCGUCGUCAGGAUGAGGUGAUAAGGAGUUUGUGGAGGGUAGAAUGUUCAAUGGAAUUCUAUUGUCUAGGAAGAUCAGCUUAGCAAGUAAGCAUGUAAAACUGAAGUAGCAUGCUAUUGAUCUUCCAUCAAGUAAAUUAACCAUGCUAUAUGUUUCACUUUAUAUAGAGAUGUUUGGGAUAGUUUAGUGAGGUUAUCCAUAAUCAAGUGCCAUAAAGGCACGAUGCCAUGGUAGCAUGUAACCGAUACGAAAACAUUGUAAGGUUUUGAAAUAUUGUUUUCAAUCUUGAUCAUGUUUGCAGAA